UACUUUAUGAGUUGACCAUCAUUGAAAAAAUACUGCCAUUGAAUAUUGUGUUUGGGAUCUGGUUAGUUAUGCAACAUAGUUUGACUUUUGUAUGCCUUAAAGUUGGGGUUUUAGGUGUUUUUUGACCAUUAGUUUCUUCCCUGGGGCGUCAGCCAAUCGUGGGUCCGUCACUGGCGCUAAGUCCAGCCGACCAGGCGUUGUAUGCCCCCGUGCCGCCCACACACACCACAGCCGCCUCGGUGCUCAUUCUCUGCCACGACAUUUCCUACAUCUCCUCUCUAAACCGGCACUGCCUCUUCCAGCAUGGCGAUGAAUACCUUGAGCCCACGCCGGCGCCGCUGCCCUCCUCCUCCUGCAGCCUCUUCCCCUGCAGCAGCAAAGAGGGAGAUUCCUCCUCUGUCCAGACUGUCCACACUCUCCGGAGGCCCCCCAGAAAAAUCUAUCUGAAAGAGACUCUUGAGUGUCACCUAACCAAACAGCUCCAUAAACGACGGCGCCUUCACAUGUCACAACACACCCCCAUAAAUCGUUGAUCUCUUCUCCCCACUCCUCACUCUCUCAUUCCUUCUGUCGCCAUGGCGCUACCUUGGGCCUUCGUCCUUCUCCCUGCUCUCUUCUUCCUCUCCUCCUCUGUAACCAACCUCUUCUUCUCCAACAGCAGCAGCAAUGGGAGUGGAGGGAGAUGCUCCCUCUGUCCACAGUCUCCAGAGGUCUCCUUCUGUCCACUGUCUCCAGAGGUCUCCCCCUGUUCACAGUCUCCAGAGGUCCCCUAUAUUGUCAGCACGACGUAUAGGACUGCCUACCACUUCCAGCCUCCCAGGAACUGGAUCAAUGAUCCAUGUGGUAUGAAUAUCUCAGCACAAACACCUCUAAAUAAAAAGGAGUUGCAGUAUUCUACAACUUAUACUUCCUUUAUAAAUAUUUCAGGACUAAUGUACUACAAAGGCAUCUACCAUAAUUUCUACCAGUAUAACCCCCACUGCGCCCUCUGGUGUUGGGGUGACAUAGCUUGGGGCCAUUCAGUUUCGACAGACCUCGUCAACUGGAUCCAGCUUGAACCCGUGAUAGAACCGGAUAAUCCGAGUGACAUAGAUGGCUGCUGGACCGGUUCAGCCACAAUUCUGUCUGGUGGUCAACCGGUCAUCCUAUACACCGGUGUCAGCAGAGACAACUGUCAGGUCCAAAACCUUUUGUUUCCCAAGAAUCCGUCUGACCCGUACCUGCGAGAAUGGACGAAAGCAGGCAAUAACCCAGUGAUCCAACCGGUAGUACCGGGUUUGAACAGAAGCUGCUUCAGGGAUCCGACGACCGGUUGGAUCGGACCAGAUGGACUAUGGAGGAUAGCAGUUGGUGCUCAGCUGUACAGCUACAACGCUGCACUUUUGUACAAGAGUGAAGACUUUCUGAGUUGGACAAGAGUUGAUCACCCACUGUAUUCUCAUAAUUUGUCCAAUAUGUGGGAGUGCCCGGAUUUCUUUGCGGUAUUGCCGGGCAAUAACAGUGGACUGGACAUGUCCGUAUCAAUCCCAAGAGGCGCCAAGCAUGCCCUCAAAAUGAGCGUGGGUUACUUUGACAAGUACUUGAUUGGGGUUUAUGAUCUCAAACGUGAUGCCUUUGUGCCAGAUACUAUCGUAGAUGACUGUCGGCUGUGGCUGAGGAUCGAUUAUGGCGAUUUCUAUGCUUCAAAGUCAUUCUUUGACUCGAAAAAGGGCAGGAGGAUCAUAUGGGGUUGGUCUCAGGAGGCAGAUUGUCGCUCAGAUGAUGUUGCAAAAGGUUGGGCAGGAAUCCAUACAAUCCCCAGGACGAUUUGGUUAGAUAGUGAUGGCAAGCAGUUGUUGCAAUGGCCAGUUGAUGAGAUUGAGUCCCUUCGAACAAAUGAAAUCAACCAUCAAGGACUAGAGCUCAACAAGGGAGAUAUGUUUGAGAUCAAUGGAGUUGAUACUUUUCAGGCUGAUGUGGAGAUAUAUUUUGAGCUGACGUCCAUCAAUGCCGCCGAACCUUUUGAUCCUUCCUGGCUUUUGGACCCUGAGAAGCAUUGCUGUGAAGCCGGUGCAUCGGUUCAUGGUGGUAUAGGGCCAUUUGGACUUGUUAUUCUGGCCUCCAACAACAUGGAUGAGCACACUGUCGUGCACUUCAGAGUCUACAAGUCACAGCAAAAGUACAUGAUACUCAUGUGCUCUGAUCUAAGAAGGUCUUCCAUCAGACCAUCACCGUACACACCAGCCUAUGGAGGCUUCUUUGAACUUGAUCUUGCAAAGGAGAGGAAGAUAUCUCUCAGAACUCUAAUUGAUCGGUCGGCGGUGGAGAGCUUCGGUGGUGGUGGUAGGGUUUGCAUCACGUCCAGAGUUUAUCCAGCGGUGCUCGCCGAUGUUGGCAGGGCCCACAUGUAUGCCUUCAACAAUGGAAGUGCCACGGUGAGGGUGCCACAGCUCAGCGCAUGGACCAUGAGGAACGCACAUGUGAAUGUGGAGAAUGGUAGGAGUGCUAUUUAAACAGAGGAGCAAUUUGAUUUUCUCGAUUCUUUUAUCAUUCAUGAGCACUGCCUGGCAGAAAUAAGGACAGUUAACAGGAGAUAAUAGGGACAUGGAGUGUGUGAGCUCGAGCUCACGUGCACCCGUUGCUACAGUAAAAUCAAAAAAAUAUGUAAAAAUUUCAAAAAAUUCUGUUUUUUUUUCAACAAACAUUGAUGUGUGUUUCACAUGCAUGCCAAUUUUCGCGAUGAAA